CCCGCCCAGAGGCGGUGGGGCGCGGACUGUGGGAGGCCAGGUGCGCACCUUUGACUGCACUGCGGGGCGGCCCAGGCGCCUUGCAGGACCGAAAAGUCCCUGGAGGCGAGGCGAGCAGUGAGGGGACUCAGGUCGCCCACACCCACGUACCUGCGCCCCGCUCCCGUUAGGACGCACGAUGCCACCCGCAAUUCCAGCGACCAAGGUCUCCCUCCGGGAGUUGGCCGACCUGGCCAUCGGCACCCCGGAGGUGGGCGCGGUCAACUUCACCGUCCUGCACACGCUCAUCUUGGCCAUACUCAAGAACCUCGGCAUCCUAGAGACUCUUAUCGACCUCCAGACCUUGUCCCCGGAGGCAGGCCGCUCACUUGAGUCCCUCCGGGGCUCCUUUGGCACUCAGUUCCCGCCCGGGUCCAAAGAGAAACGCAGAGGUAUGAGCAGGUCCUUCUCCCUGGCGCUGGAGAACCAGGUGCAGGACCUCACCAAGCAGCUCAAGACCAUGGACGGCAGGGUGGAGGACAUCACCACCCACUUGCAGUUCAUCACUUCCAAGGUCAGCGCACAACAGUUGGCCAUCCCAGAGUGGCUGGAGGAGAUGGACAUGCCAACCUUGGACACAGCUCAGAUAAGGUCUGGGAAGGUCCUGAAGGACACCGUGGGAGGCAGCACCCCCAAGGUCAGUGUGCAGACGUUGCAGACCCUCUGUCCCUCCAGACUGCCCUCAGUCAUGCGCGUGCUCCAGGACGUGGUGGAAGAUGUGAAGAACCUGAAAGAAGCCUACAAAAUGGUGUCUCUGGAGUUUAGGCCUCAGUGCACACACAUAGGGAUGCCAGGAGUUCAGGGGUGCUCCUUCUCUGAACUCUAUCUCCAGGAAGUCCUCCACCGAAUUGAAGACCUUGAGAAGCAAAUCAAAGAUCAAGAUGAAGUCCUGGAACAAAUAAACUGGACACUGGGUUCAGUUCCUGGUGCAGAAGAAGCCACCAUGGUCACCUGGGAAGAGCUGGAGCAAGCCAUCGCUGAGGGCUGGAAAGGCUCACAAAUGGUGAAAAACUGGGGUCCCUGGUGGUGGUCUUGGGUGUGGCUUCCCAGAAUCUCUCUUUGUACCAAGAAUGGGACUCUGCCGUGUGCAUGUCUAUCCUUUAUUUCACAAGUUCCAUAUUAUAGACAAAUAUUUUCCCCAAUUUUAAUCAGCGCCGUGGGGCACGUGUCAGCCAAGACGAAGUCUAUGCAAGGCCAGAUCAGCAAAGCAUGGGACUACCUGGCACAGUGUUGCCAUAUGCUAGCACUUAUCCACAUGGUGUGGUGCCGCUUCGUGAGAGUCAGCUUGCUCAGCCUGGCUUUGUGCAACCUGGUGUAUAUCCACAUGAUCUGGUGCCACCUGGUGCAGGUCAGCUUGAUGUGGUGCCACCUGGUACAGAUCAACGUGGUGAAGUGCAACGUGCCAGAGAUCAGCGUGGGUCAGCAUGGUUUGGCCCGGCCUGGCAUAGAUCUGCAAGGUUUGGUGCAGCCAGGAGUGGAUCAGCAUGGUUUGAUAUCACCUGAUACAGUUCAGCAUGAUUUGGUGCAACCUGGGAUGAGUCAGCGAGGCGUGGUGCCACCUGAUAUGGGUCAUCAUGGCAUGCUGCCACCCCGCAUGGGUCCACGUGGCCUGGUGCCACGUGGCAUGGGUCAGCGUGGCUUGGUGCCACCCAGCGUGGGUCCACGUGGCUUGGUGCCAUCCAGUGUGGAUCAGCCUAGCAUAGUGCCACCAGGUGCGGAUCAGCCUGGCUUGGUGCCACCUGCCAAGGAUCAGCAUGGUAUAGUGCCACCCGCCAUGGAAAAGCCUGGCUUGGUGCCACCCAGUAUGGUUCAGCGUGGCACGGUGCCACAUGGUGUGGGUAAGCCUGGCAUGGUGCCACCCAGCAUGGAUAAGCCUGGCAUGGAUCAGCUUGGCGUGGUGCCAUCCAGUGUGGAUCAGCCUGGCAUGGUGCCAUCUGACAUGGAUCAGCCUGGCAUGGGUCAGCCUGGCUUGGUGCCACCUGCUAAGGAUCAGCAUGGUAUAGUGCCACCUGCCAUGGAUAAGCCUGGCAUGGGUCAGCCUGGCUUGGUGACACCUGCCAAGGAUCAGCGUGGUAUAGUGCCACCUGCCGUGGAUAAGCCUGGCUUGGUGCCACCCAGUGUGGAUCAGCGUGGCACGGUGCCACGUGAGAUGGGUAAGCCUGGCAUGGUGCCACCCGCCUUGGGUAAGCCUGGCAUAGUGUCAACCACCCUGGGUAAGCCUAGCAUGGUACCACCCAGCAUGGACCAGCCUGGCAUGGUGCCACCUGGUGUGGAUCAGCGUGGCAUGGUGCCACAUGGCGUAGAUCAGCGUGGCUUGGUGCCACCCUGCAUGGAUGAGCAUGGCAUGGUUCUACCGGGUGUGAAUCAGCCUGGUUUGGUGCCACCCAGCAUGGGUCAGCCUGGCUUGGUGCCACCUGGUGUGGAUCAGCAUGGCUUAAUGGCACCUGGCGUGAAACAGCCUGGCUUGCUGUCACCUGGUGUGGAUCAACAUGACAUGGUGCCCCCUGGUGUGUAUCAGCAUGGCAUGGUGCCACCUGGCAUGGAUCAGCGUGGCUUUGUGCCACCCGGUGUGGAUCAGCCUGGCUUGGUGUCACCUAGCAUAUAUCAGCGUGGCAUGGUGCCACCAGGAAUGUAUCAGCGUGGCAUGGUGCCCCCCGGCAUGGAUCAGCAUGGCAUGGUGCCCCCUGGUGUGUAUCAGCGUGGCAUGGUGCCACCUAGCAUGGAUCAGCGUGGCUUUGUGCCACCCGUUGUGGAUCAGGGUACUAUAGUAGUACCACCUGGUAUGGAUCAGCCUGGCUUGGUGUCACCUAGCAUGUAUCAGCGUGGCAUGGUGCCCCCUGGCAUGCAUCAGCGUGGCAUGGUGCCCCCUGGUGUGUAUCAGCAUGGCAUAGUGCCACCUGGUGUGGAUCAGGGUGCUGCUGUACCACCUGGCAUGUAUCAGCAUGGCAUGGCACCACCUGGCAUGGAUCAGCGUGGCUUUGUGCCACCUGGUGUGGAUCAGGGUGCUGUAGUACCACCCAGUGUGGAUCAGGGUACUGUAGUAGUAUCUCCUGACAAAGAUCAACAUGGCCUGGUGCCAGCUGGUGUGGAUGAGCGUGGUUUGAUGUCCCCUGGCAUGGAUCAGGGUGCUAUAGUAACAACUGGCAUGGAUCAACGUGGCUUAGAGCCCCCUGGCAUGGAUCAGCAUGCCACGAUGCCCUCUGGCCUGGAUCAGGGUGCUAUAGUACCACCUGGCGUGGAUCAGCAUGGGUUAGUGUACCCUGGCAUGGAUCAGUAUGGUUUUCUGUCACGUGGUAUGAAUCAGCGUGGGUUGGUGUCCCCUGGCAUGGAUCAGCAUGGCUUGGUGCCACAUGGUGUGGAUCAGCGUGCUGUAGUACCACCUGUCAUGGAUCAGCGUGGGUUGGUGCCCCCUGGCAUGGAUCAGCAUGGCUUGGUGCCACGUGGCGUGGAUCAGCAUGGCUCAGUGCCACGUGGCAUGGAUCGGCGUGCUGUAGUACCUCCAGGUGUGGAUCAGCAUGGCUUCGUAACACCUGGUGUGGAUCAGCGUGGGUUGGUUCCUCCUGGCAUGGAUCAGCGUGCUGUAGCGCCACCAGGUGUGGAUCAGCGUGGCUUGGUGCCACCUGGUGUGGAUCCGCGUGCUGUAGCACCACCAGUUGUGGAUCAGCGUGGCUUGGUGCCACCUGACAUGGAUCAGCGUGGGUUGGUGCCCACUGGUGUGGAUCAGCGUGGUGUUGCACGACUAGGUGUGGAACAGCCUGGCUUGGCGCUACCUGGCAUGGAUCAGCGUGGGUUGGUGCCCACUAGUGUAGAUCAGCGUGCUGUAGCGCCACCAGGUGUGGAUCAGCGUGGCUUGGUGCCACGUGGCGUGGAUCAGCGUGGGUUUGUGCCCACUGGUUUGGAUCACCGUGCGGUAGCACCACCAGGUGUGGAUCAGCGUGGCUUGGUGCCGCCUGGCAUGGAUCAGCGUGCUGUAGUGCUACUAGCUAUGGAUCACCUUGGCUUGGUGCCACCUGGCGUGGAUCAGCGUGGGUUGGUGCCCACUGGAGUGGAUCAGCGAGCUCUAGCGCCACCAGGUGUGGAUCAGCGUGGCUUGGUGCCACCUGGCAUGGAUCAGCGUGGGUUGGUGCCCACUGGCGUGGAUCAGCGUGCUGUAGUGCCAACAGGUGUGGAUCAGCGUGCUAUAGCGCCAACAGGUGUGGAUCAGCGUGCUGAGGCGCCAACAGGUGUGUAUCAGCGUGGCUUGGUAGCACCUGGCGUGGAUCAGCAUGGGUUGGUGCCCACCGGCGUAGAUCAGCGUGCUGUAGCGCCAACAGGUGUGGAUCAGCGUGCUGUAGUGCCACCAGGUGUGGAUCAGCGUGGCUUGGUGCCACCUGCCGUGGAUCAGCGUGGGUUGGUGCCCACUGGCGUCAAUAAGUGUGCUGUAGCGCCAACAGGUGUGGAUCAGCGUGCUGAGGCGCCAAAAGGUGUGUAUCAGCGUGGCUCGGUGCCACCUGGCGUGGAUCAGCAUGGGUUGGUGCCAACUGGCAUGGAUCAGCGUGCUGUAGUGCCACCAGGUGUGGAUCAGCGUGGCUUGGUGCCACCUGGUGUGGAUCAGCGUGGGUUGGUGACCACUGGCGUGGGUCAGCGUGCUGUAGCACCACCAGGUGUGGAUCAGCGUGCUGUAGCGCCACCAGGUGUGGAUCAGCUUGGCUUGUUGCCACCUGGCUUGGAUCAGCAUGGGUUAGUGCCCACUGGCGUGGAUCAGCGUGCUGUAGCGCCACCAGGUUUGGAUCAGCGUGGCUUGGUGCCACCUGGUGUGGAUCAACGUCGCUUGGUUCCACGUGGUGUGGAUCAGCGUUCUGUAGUACCACCUGGCAUGUAUCCACGUGGGUUGGUGCCCCCUGGCAUGGAUCAGCGUGGUUUGGUGCCACGUGGCAUGGAUCAGCAUGCGUUGGUGCCACGUGGCAUAGAUCAACAUGCUGUAGUACCUCCUGGCAUGUAUCCACGUGGGUGGGUGCCCCCUGGCAUGGAUCAGCAUGGUAUAUUACCACCUAGUGUGGAUCAGCGUGCUGUAUUACUACCACCUGGUGUGGAUCAGCGUGGCAUGGUGCCCCCUGGCAUGGAUCAGGGUGCUUUAGUACUAUCUGGCAUGGAUCAACGUGGCUUGAUACCCCCUGGCAUGGAUCAACGUGCUGUAGUACUAUCUGGUGUGGAUCAGCGUGGCUUGGUCCCACCUGGUGUGGAUCAACGUGCGGUAGUACCACCUGGUGUUGGUCAGCGUGGCUUGGUGACACCUGGCGUGGAUCAGGGUGCUGUAGUGCCUCCUGGUGUGGAUCAGGGUGCUAUAGUGCCACCUGGUGUGGAUCAGGGUGCUGUAGCGCCCCCUGGAGAGGAUAGGGGUGCUAUAGCACCCCCUGGUGCAGAUCAGGGUGCUGUAGCACCCCCUGGCAUGAGUCAGGGUGCUCUAGCACCCCCUGUUGUGGAUCAGCAUGGCCUGGUACCACCUGGCGUGGGUCAGUGUGGUUUGGUGCAACCUGGGGUGGUUCAGCAUGGCUUUGUGCCAUAUGGUAUGGAUCAACGUGGUUUGGUCCAGCUUGGUACAGGGCAGCCUGGAGUGGGUCAGCGUGUUUUGUUACAACCUAGUACAGGGCCACAUGGCUUAGUUCAACCUGGUGCAUACAUGUCUGGCUUAGCUCAACCUGGUUUGGUCCAACCUGAUGCUUAUCUACCUGGUGUUUUCCAACCUGGUGCAUAUCCUGGCAGUUUGGCUCAAGCUGGUGCAUAUCCACAUGGUGUGGUACAACCUGGAAUGGAUCAACGUGGUUUGAGACAACCCAGUGCUGAUUGGCAAGGCUUGAUGGCAUCAGGCACAGAACCUCGUGGCUUUCCAACAUUCCAGAGAGAUCCUCAGGGUUUGACAUCACUUCGCCCAUAUCCACCUGGUGUGGGACCUUCUGGCCGAAAGCCACGUGGCCAGGUGUCAUCACUGUUACCCAGUCGAGGUUUGGCAUCACCAAUUAUAGACCAGAGGGGUUUGGUACCACCAGAAACCUAUCAGCAAAGUUUGAUGCAUCCUGGCCUAGAGCAGCGGGGCCAAGCCCCAGAUCAACAGCUUUUGGUAUCAUCUGGGCCAGAUCAGCCAGAACAGGUGUACCCAAGUGCAGUUCAGCAAGAUAGAGAAUAUUCUGUCUCUGCCUCUGGUGGCCCAGAUUAUGAGGGUAUUGGUCCACAUGAUCAGGAAUAUUUGGAUCUACGCAGAACAAGUGAUUUACAGCAACCUGGGCGACCUGCCCAGGCUGCCUCUGUCCAAGAAGUUCCCUCUUUCGUGAGUCAAGAAGACUCCGAAAGGAGUGAGGUCCAGAGUGAGCGACAUGAUUCACUGGAGAAACUGGCCCCCAACUUCCCCAUAGCGGUGGAAACGUUUCGUCUGAUGGGAGAGAUGAUAGGUCUCUAUGUGGAGCUAAAGGAGAGAAUAAAGGAUCUGGAUGAGGAGAAAGCUGGCCAGACUGACUUGGAGAAGAUAGAGUACCUACUCGCACUGAUGGUCCAAAAAACCAUACCCCCUGACCUGCAGGAACAGCUGAAAAGCAUAAAGACCUUGGCCAAAGAAGUUCGGCAAGAAAGAGCCCAACUGAACAAGCUACAAAGAAUCCUGGAGGGUGACAGUGACCGGGAAGCAGGGAAGGAGCUGAAGGCUAGUCAGCUGAGCCUGCAGCUGGGCAUCAUCAGAGUCACCGUGGCUGACAUUGAGAAGGAGCUGUCUGAGCUGCGGGAGAGUCAGGAACGAGGCAAGGCUGCCAUGGAGAACUCCGUCUCGGAAGCCUCACUUUACCUGCAGGACCAGUUAGACAAGCUGAGGACAAUCAUCGAGAGUAUGCUGGCCUCCUCUUCCACCCUGCUGUCCAUGAGCAUGACCCCACACAAGCCCUUGACUUACUUCACACCUGGCCGGAUUGACCCCAAUGCUACCUGUCCGGCCUGCAGCCUGGACCUGGGCCAUCAGGUCAGCACACUCGUACGGCGCUAUGAGCAGCUCCAGGACAUAGUCAGCAACCUGGCUGCCUCCCGGCCUUCUAAGAAGGCCAAGCUCCAGAGCCAGGACGAGGAGCUGCUGGGCCAUGUACAGAGCGCCAUCCUGCAGGUGCUGGGUGACUGCGAGAAGCUAAACAUCACUACUAGCAACCUCAUCGAGGACCAUCAGCAGAAGCAGAAGGACAUUGACAUGCUGUACCAGGGCCUGGAAAAGCUCGAGAAGGAAAAGGCCAACAGGGAGCACCUGGAGAUGGAGAUCCAUGUGAAAGCAGACAAGAGUGCCCUAGCAGCCAAAGUGAGCCGUGUCCAGUUUGAUGCCACCACAGAGCAACUAACCCACAUGAUGCAGGAGCUGGUGGCCAAGAUGACUGGGCAGGAGCAAGACUGGCAGAAGAUGUUGGACAAACUCUUGGUACAGAUGGACAGCAAGCUGGACCGCCUGGAGCUAGACCCUGUGAAGCAGCUGCUGGAGGAUCGGUGGAGAUCGCUGCGGAAGCAGCUCAAAGAGCGCCCUCCACUCUACCAGGCAGAUGAGGCAGCUGCCAUGAGGAGGCAGCUCUUGGCUCAUUUCCACUGCCUCUCAUGUGACCGGCCCCUGGAGACAGCUGUGACUGGACAAAUGAUACCCCUGAUUCCUAUGAGUCCUGGCCUGCCAGCACACCGGUCCAUUCGCCCCUACACAAUAUUCGAGCUGGAGCAGGUCCGCCAGCAGAGCCGCAACCUCAAGCUAGGCAGCACUUUCUGUCGGGGUGACCUGUCACCGAUGGAGCGGAGUGCAGGGCGCCUGCGCACCAUGCACUCCAAGAUGCUGAUGGACAUUGAGAAGGUGCAGAUCCACUUUGGAGGCUCUGUGAAGGCUAGCAGUCAGAUGAUCCACGAGCUGCUGCAGGCCCAGGGCCUCACUUCCCCUUGCUACAAACGGGUGCCAGAUGCGAUGGUGGGUUACACCUACUCCACUGUGCCCCGGCGCUGUGGAGGAAGCCACACCCUCACCUACCCCUACCGCCGUAGCCGCCAGCAGCACCUGUCCCAGGGCCCGUAUGCUCCUGAGGAGAUCCAGAUAGCCAUGAAGCAUGACGAGGUGGAUAUCCUGGGCCUAGAUGGACAUAUUUACAAGGGACGGAUGGAUACGAGACUGCCAGGCAUCCUGAACAAAGACAGAGUGUCAAAGCACAAGACCAAGCAGCCCCGGCCCCACCUGCCCAGGCAUCAGGCCCUGGGUAACAUCGGACAGCUGCCCUCCCGGCCUCAGAGCACCCACCUAUUGGCUGGCAACAACUCAGUUUCUUCGAGGCAACAUCUCUCCCAGUCAGAUAUGGCCCAUCCACCCAGCCCCACUGAGAUGGAACACCUGCAGGACAACGGUUCAGGACCAGAAAUGCACAUGGACAUACCUCCUGAGGAGGAGCUAGAGGAGCCCACUCGGGGACCACGGUCCACCACUGCUCCCUGAAUAGAGCUUUAAGUAAAUGUUUAA